UUCUCUGCUAGUUCCCAUCCUAGGACUUCUAAAUCCCUGAAAUGCGAGAGAGAGACGCUCAGGGAAUUCCCGGAGUGGGGAGUAGAGGUAUCGCCUGGGAAGUCCUGGAAGAGAAAGAAACUCCCAAUUGAAGGAGCUGUUGGAACCUACCGGGGUGCCACUGGUGGGGACCUCUCUAGGGUCCUUUUCCCAUCGUGGGGUGCUAUGGAGUUCCCAGAGCACAGUCAGCAGCUGCUGCAGAGCCUCCGAGAGCAGCGGGCCCAGGGUUUUCUUUGUGACUGCACUGUGAUGGUGGGUAGCGCCCAGUUCUUGGCCCAUCGGGCUGUGCUGGCCUCCUGCAGCCCAUUUUUCCAGCUUUUUUACAAAGAGCGGGAACUGGAUAAGAGGGAUCUGGUGUGUAUCCACAAUGAGAUUGUCACAGCCCCAGCCUUUGGGCUGCUUCUGGACUUUAUGUAUGCUGGCCAGCUGGUCUUGAGAGGGGAUACCCCUGUGGAGGAUGUGCUGGCAGCUGCCAGCUACUUGCACAUGAAUGAUAUUGUGAAGGUGUGCAAGCAGCGGCUGCAAGCCCGGGCUCUGACAGAGGCAGACAGUACCAAGAAAGAGGACACCAACUCACAGCCCGCCUUGGAGUUUUUGUCCACCACUUCCCGUGGCCCACAGCCUUCACUGGGAACAGAGACUUCAGGCCACUGGGGUAAAGGGGAAUGGAAAGGACCUGCUGUCUGUCCUCCAGAUGAGCCACAAGUGCCUGGUGGGGCUGACACUACCCAGCCUGGUGUGGAGGUUGACUCACUGCAUCUACAGGCACCUCCUCCAUUGGUGGUUGAUGUCCCUCUUGCCAGCCCCAGUAGCUCUACAGAGACCAUUCCUGCAAACUACUUCUCUUCUGGCCUUCCAGCAGUUUCAUUGGAUCCACUGGCUCCCCUUGAUGUGGGUUCUGAGAGUCUGAGGAUGGUGGAACCACGGGGUACUAGAGGCCCAUUGCAAAGCUCCUAUCCCCCAGCUUCAGCUACAGCCCCAGUCCCAGCCCCCCUUCCAUCCCAGGCUCCAGCCCCAGUGGAAGCUGAGCUGGUUCAGGUUAAAGUAGAAACCAUUGUGAUUUCUGACGAGGAGCCCGACAUGCCAGAGGACCAGCCUCAGGGUCCCAAGGGAUUGUUCCCACCUGGAGGAGCAAUGUAUGGUGGCCAGCCCCACCAGCCAGAAGCUUUUGAGGAACCACGGGCAGCAGGACUGGAGGAGGUGGGACCAAGUGACCACUUCCUGCCCCCAGAUCCUCACCUACCCUACCAUUUGCUGCCAGGUUCAGGGCAGUAUCAUCGAGGACUGGUGACCUCACCCCUGCCUGCUCCCCCGGUGCUGCAUGAGCCACUUUACCUGCCUUCUGAGUAUGAAGCAGCCCCAGGAAGCUUUGGGGUUUUUACUGAGGAUGUUCCCACUUGCAAGACAUGUGGGAAGACCUUCUCAUGCUCUUACACACUACGGCGACAUGCCACAGUGCACACGCGUGAGAGACCCUACGAGUGCCGCUACUGCCUGCGCAGCUACACGCAGUCAGGGGACCUGUAUCGCCACAUCCGCAAGGCUCACAAUGAGGACCUGGCCAAACGCAGCAAACCGGAUCCAGAGGCUAGCCCCCUCCUAGGAGCGCAGCCUCUCCCUGGCUCCCCAGUGGCAGACAAACAGAACAGUGGUGGAGGGCCACCUAAAGAUUCUGUAUUGGCUCCAAAAACUAACAUCUGGGGCAGUAUGAGCUGAUGCUGGGCCUGCUCUUGCCAUUGUUAGGGGGCAGCACAGGAGGUUGGAAGCAUCUCAUUUUCCCUGCUGCGUGACAGAACAAAGAUUAUGCCCAGGUGGAAGAUUCCUACCUUUUCUUUACACAGCCAGAUAGCAAGACUUUCUGGGGCAAAGCACUUAAGCCAGCUCUUCUCCAAGGGCACUAGUAACCUCUUCUUGCUCCACAUUCUGGACUAUAAAGCCAGCCGUGAAAGUUUCUCUUUGAACUAGUAUUGGCUGGUUUCUUUCAUAAACCUGCAUGCUUCCUGAUUCUUCAUACAGCUCCUUCAGAUCUUACAGUAAUCUAACAUCUGUACUUGGGGGUGAGAUGGGGAUCAGGUUGUUUAUAUGAAAAAAGUGAGACAGGCAGAGGGCAGUGUAGACUCUGUAGACUUUGCUUAGGAAAAGUAUACAAAUUAGGGAAUCUAUGCAAUUAUGGUGUAUUUUGGUAGUUUGAACUCUUGUGUACUGGGCUGUCCUGGAGACUUCAUACAAAUACUUGUUUAAUCCUCAACAACUUUAUGAGGUAUUGGCCCUCUCCCCCUUUUCUUCCCACAAACAAGAAAACUUGAAACUCAGAAACCAGAAUUAACUUUUUCUAUGUCACAGUACAAGUUAAGGGGCAGGCCAGAAUUUGAACCAUGGCUGUGGCUUGAGACACCAUGCAUGCUAUGCUGGUUUAAAAUAUUGUUGAUGCUAAUUAACUGAGAACAAACUGUUUUCUUCUUUGUCCUUUUGAGUGUUUGGCUUUGCUCCCUUGCCCCUUUACCUCUACUUUCCAUGUAGAAAGAUCUUUGAUUGCCUGUCUCAAGAAUAGAUACCGUCUUGAUGACUUGUAAGUUUUGCCUACAUUGUAUGAAGAUGAGAAACAGAAAGGCAGAGUCCUUAACUCAGUGGUGGUCGCUGGGGACCAGGCAGGGCUGAGGGUCUGGAAAUAACGGGUGCUUGGGAAAACUAAAGCAAGAAACACCAGGUGAGAGAAUCUUACAGGUCAUCUCAUCCAACUCCCUCACUUAGAAAGUGUGAUGACAAUCCAGAGAGAUCAGAUUACUCAUUUAUAGUCACACAGGUGGUUACUGGCAGCAGAGAUAGCAAAGAAAUGAGAGGUGGGGAAAAAAAGUUCUAGGAAAGUAAGAGUCUGCCCCAGGCUGAAGAGUGGUGCUGUCAGGCACACCAGAGGGCUCCUUACAAACCCUUCUCGAGCACAGCAGGAGCCCAGUGUGAAAAGAGCAGGACAGAUAAUUUAGAAAAUGGGGAAAGUAAGAAUAAAUGUUCUGAAUUGCUUUUCUUUUUGGGUUUUCCUGUCAUAUUCAGCACUCUGAACUCUUACUGGCAAGCGACUGUUUUUGAGUUGUAGGAGACAGCUGAGCAUUGAAUUAGCUCCUUAUCUGGGACACCAGGACAAGCAAAAAUUGAGCUUAACAUUUUCAUGGGUGAAAGAAUGAAUUAUUUUCUUUAUGUUGGAAUUACCUUUUAGUUUAUAUUUCAAGUGGCUGACUGUUUGUUUAUGCAAAUAAAUUACUGCCUUAACUCCUUGGUGAAACAAGGCAAGAUACGCCCCCUACACACACACACAGUAAGAGCUAUUCUUCCGAGUGGAAUGCCAUUUCCCAAGUUUCUCCUAAAUACCAAAUCCUAAAUCUCAAUGCCUAAAAAGAAUUAGUUGCCUUUAAAGGAUGAAUUUUAUGGUACAUGAGUUAUACAUAUAUAAAGAAAGAGAAAAAAAGUUGCCUCAAAACAUCAGUUCCUAAAAGGCUUUAAGAGUAUCUAUGUCCACAUAUAUAUAUAAUGUAUAUAAUUUCUCUGGACAGUCUGAAGAAACCAGUAACUAUUGUUAAUUGUGUUUAAAUAUCUUGCAAAUGCCUAACUUCCACCUAUGAAGAAUGCAGCUCAUGCUGGGAACUGAAAGUAAGUGUUUGCUCUUCAGGAGAAUCUCACCAAUAGAUCCUCUUUAAUUAGGUCUUACAUGUAAACACAAUUAAGGCCGCAGUUGCCUCACUUUAUGUAUUUGCUAGAUGCUAGGAAGAGGUGUGAUCAAUAGAGAAUUUUCUCUAGUUUGCACCAUUCUUGAUGGGCCCAUUCAUGGACUCAAGGAACCACAGGUUAGCACAUCGAACCUCUAGUCCAAUGCUGGAUCCCCUGCUUGCCAGUUGUCAAGCCUCUGCUUGAAAGAAAACUAUCCCCAAAGGCAACGUGUUCUAUUGUCGGACAAUGCUUCCUUAUACCGAGCCAAAACUGGCCUUCAUUUCUGGGAAGAUGGGCCAGGCUCCAGCCUAUUAAGGAGUUUCACCCUGAGAAGUUAUUUGCUCUUGAGUUACAAGCUGUUUUCAAACGACCACCCCUCGCUCUUCAGCUUUAGAGAUGUACUCCUAGGGCUUCAUUUCUUAAUUGGCUAUUUUGUAAGUAUAUGCAUUCAUGUGGUGUCUAAUGCCUCUUCAAUCGCCAGACAUGUGGCCAAGCUUAGCUUCACGAAACUCACCAUUUCAACCCUUCCCAUUGGAUUUUGAUUUUAAUUUCUCCAAAGCCAGUGUUUCCAAAGAUGCUUUACUUGGACCUAUUUUUUUGUAAUGUGUUUUAUUGUUAAAAUGUCUUUUACGGGGUUUUUUUUUUUUUGGACUAAUGAUAUAUGAAGUGUUCUAAAAUCCCCUCCCCAAUUUUAUCAGUAAGCAAUUUCAGUAUGCACCCCUAAAAAAACUCUAGAAAGAAAAAAGACCAAAUACCGUUAUCACACUCAAAAAAAUCGACAAUAAUGCCUGUUCAAAUUUCCCUGAUAGUUUCAUGAAGUUUCUUCAAAUCAGAAUCCAAAGUAGUCACAUUUAUUCGGUUGAUAAUCUCUGAAGCUUCUUUUAACCUACAGGCUCCCUUUCUUUUUUCCUUGCAGUUUAUUUAUAGAAAGAAGAAACUGGGUUGUUCAUCUUUGGGUUUCACAUCUGGAGUUUGGUGAUUACAUCCCAAAGUACCCUGUGGCUGAUUCCUGCAGGACGUGGGCUUGCCAGACCUGCUCCAGACCCCAGACCUUACUGCCUUUGUCCGGUGGCCUUUGAAAUAGACUGAAAGGAUGGCUAAUGACACAGGCUCCUCACUUCCACUCACAAAGGCAGAGGCAGUGCCAAAUGGUCUCAUCUACUCUGUAGAAUUGAUACCUUGUGGACACUGUUCACAAUGAACAUGCAGAAAGACAAAAGAUCUCCUGGUUGACCUACUGAGCCAUGACUGCACCAGAUCUGCAGCCUGCACCUGUGCCCAACAAGCUUCCAGAAAGUUACAUCAGGUGUUUAAAAGGCACUAAGGAAGAACCCUUCCUCAUUUCCAUCCUUUGUAAAGAACUGAGCUCUUGCAAAAUAUAAGGUGACAGGUAAAGAAUAGAUUUAUGUUUUUAUCCUGCUCUUACAGCAAUGUUUCUAUAAGACUUGGUAAUCUGUUUUUCCUAUGUUGUUUAGAGAAAUGAACAUACUAUAGAUAUGCACCUACUAAAAAUUUAAAUGUUCCCUUGGGUGUUUUUCUGGCAUGAGGGCUGAAAAGUUAUUACAUAAAUACUUAAAUGCUUGACUUGACAUUUUAAGACAGAAGAGUUUAAUGAAAAAUAAAUAAGUAUAUUAAAGAUCUGAGUAACAGAAAUUACCAAAAAAAAAUAAAAGGAACCAGAUAGUUUUGUAGGGGAAAAAGAAUGUACAUGGAAUAUUAAGAAAAAAAUAUGGAAUCAAUCAAAAACAGUUAAUUUCAAAUCUUUCAUUUAAGCCAUGUAGGCCAAUUUAUAAUUGUCUAGUUUCACAAAAAAAUAUGUAUUUCUCUGUUUGAGGCCUGUAUAACUUUGGCUUUGGGCAUCCAAGGAAACAAAGAAAGAGACUCCUUUCUGCCUACCAUAUUAUUUCAUCCUCUGCUAGCCUUCACUGUAUAUGAAUACAUCUAACAAUAUCCACCACUAAAAUCUAUGCCACAGAUAGGAUUGGUCCCACCCAUAGCUGAUGAAUGUUUUCUGGUUUUAUUUCUCAAGGCAAAUGUCCCCUGGGACACCAUGUAUUAAAGGCUUAUACAAAUACAUAGAUGGACAGACAAAGCAAGACACCGAGUGUGUGAGUGGUAAAGUCUGUGCAGAACUAGAAACAGAAAUCCACCUGGGUCAGAAGUAUGGGGUUAGUUUCUCUUCUGAGUCUCAGGUUUCCCCUCAAUGGGUCUUUAAUGGUUCAUCUAAGUUCAGGUGGAGGAACAUCGUUCUUCUUGUUAACCAAACAUGCCCAGGUACAGCUGCUGCUCUUUCCGAUGGUAGCUACUGAGUUCCUCCUGUGUUAGCUGGAGGUACCGCCGGACACUGGCAUCUUAGAAUAGGACAAAGAAGGCAGUUAGAGACGGAUGAUAAUCCUCACCUUGGGACAGAAGAGGAUUGUUAAUAUUCUUUCAUUCCUUUAAAUCUUUCUAAGAUCUGAAUAUAUUACAACUAUCCUAGGCAAUAGGAAAUGCCAUUCAUUAAUACCACUUUGAAUUAAAAAAAAAAUCUUUGUACAGCCUUGGGCUGACUAAUUUAAUAAUGAAAAGGAAUUUGAAGAAGUUAUUGUCACAGAGCCUCUAAAGAUACUGUAUGUGGGUGGCAGUUAAUCCAUGUACUUGAAGGUAGAAAACGUGAAUGAAUGGCUCAUAUUUUCUGUCUUUAUUAAUUCAGAGUGGCUUUCCCCUUCAUUUGAAGAGAUUUUGCUGCAUUGUUAUACAUUUGGGGAACCUCUACUUUUAGCAUCUAGAAUCUGCUCUAAGCCAGGGUGCAAAACGAGACAAUUUUAAGUACUGAACCACCAACAAAGGAACGAGUCUAUCAUCUGCUUUGCGGUAUUCCUUUUUGCCUUAGAAACAGAGUACUAAGUCUCAAAUUUUCUCUCAGUAGGCCUGCCCUUUUUCUAGGUCAUACCUGGGGUUAGCUGAGCUGAGCUAAAGGAUAGAAUGAUAGUUAAAGCAAAGGCCAGACCGCAGCUGGAGAGCUGGCAGAAAUGAGGAUUCUAAACGUUAUUCAUUGGGAUCCAGUUCUAAUUCAGUCACAAUCUAGGAACUGAAACUGGAAAAACAAUGCUUUAAAAUCUCUUUUACUGAGGAUAUAUAUAUAUAUAUAUAUGCCUGUUUAAGCACAAAUAUUUUUGGAGAAUAUACAAUAUUGCUUUCCUGUGGGGGCAAGAAUCCAAGAGUAGAAGGCCUAUUCAUCAUACACAUUUUGAUACUUUUUGAAUUUUGAACCACAUGAAUGUAUUUCAACUAAAAAAUUCAAUAAAGUGAGAAAGUAAAAUAAAAUAAAACUUGCUUCCACAGAUACCACCUCACCAGGACAAUUUUAUUUGUCCUUCCCAUUUCAAUACCCUUCCCUCUUACCUUUUGGCUGCCUAUGGACAGCAGCCAGGAGGUAGUGCUGGGCCUGGUCAUAGUCCUGCAGAUGGAAAAAGGCCACUCCAGCCCUAUACAAGGCCUUGGCAUUAUCAGGCUGUCGUUCCAGGACUUUCUGACUGUACUCUUUCACUCGUUCGUAGUUGACUGGCUCCAUCUGAAGGAGACAGGCUAACCGGGCCAAAUGAAAAGAAGGGAGGAGGGGGAGGGUCUAAUUACACUAAGCCCCACUGGCCAAUUCAAGGCAGUACCAAACAAGAUGGUUAUCAACAACAUUCACUCAGCCAACAAAUACACUUCAGCAUCUACCAGUACCAGACAUUCUUCUAGGCAGUGGGGAUCUGCAGUGAAUAAAAGCAUUACGUACCUUACAACCUAUUUCAUUAUCUACUGUAUGCUUACUACGCACCUAGUGUUGGGUUAGGUCCAGAUAGAAUACAGGUAAAAAAUACUUAAAUUCAUUUAAAAUUCUUCAUUGUGUCUUUUCUACCUAAGGCUCUCUAUUUUGAAUAUCCCAGUUUGACAUUCUUGUACUGCAGCUUUGUAAACAACAGUUGACAUUAAUUGUGUGAGGAAACAGUUGUGCCAUGUGCUUGAUAAACAUCUUGUUCCAUAUUCUUACCCACCCUCUGAAAUCAGUGUUCCUACUCCAUUUAACAGAUGAAGAAAUCAAGGCUGAGAGAAGUAAACUUGUUUACUCAAAGUAAACUUGUCCAAGAUCCCACAGCAUCUAGAUAGAAUGAGCAGGAAAUCUGAACCAAGAGUAGUGACUCUAGCAUCUUACUACACUGAUGGACUGUAACUGUAAUGGGGUGUGAAGGGGGACUUGAUAAUAGGGGUGAAGGUAGUAACCACAAUGUUGCUCAUGUGAAACCUUCAUAAGAUUGUGUAUCAAGGAUACCUUAAAAAAAAAAAAAAGGAAUCUGAACCAAGGACUCUCUAAUUCCAAAAUCACCUUUGUUCUCAAUGAUGAUAUAUUACUUCCCUAUUCCCUUGGAUUACUUAAUAGGACUUCAAAGUACAAAUCUGUUUAGGAGGCAAUGUUCAGCCUUUCUAUAAUUAAGAAGGGAAACAUGUUCCCUAUUUCCUAAUUCUGGUAAUUAAAUACAGUAUUACUGAAUCACAGUGCUAAGAAGGAAUGAGAAUUAGAGCUGAGGAAGACUUUAAAGAUACUGGGUGUCCAUCUGUAUCCCUUCUACAACAUUCCUCCCAAUUGGUCAUAGGGUUUCUACUUUGAUAUUUCCCAUGUUCAACUAAUCCAUCACUGUACCUUCACUCAAUCAGCUGACAACUAGUUAUGGAGCACUGACCACGUACUGGGCAGAAUUAAGAACAGGGGAUAAGAGGAAUAAGACAGUCAUCUUGAUGAGUAAAUAGAGUUUACAUCCUAGUUCCCAAGCAGGAGGUACACAGCAAACAAAUGAAUUUUUAAAGUGCUUUGAGGCAAGCAGAACAGUGCUGGGACAGAGAAUGAACAAUGUCAGAGUGACACGUGAAUACAGAAGGUCUCAGUAACUCACAAUCACAAUUUAAGUUGAUCCCAGGGAUUGUUGAAUCACUGUGAUGUACGUUUGAAACCAACAUGAGAUUGUGUAUUAAUGACACUUUAAUAAAAAAUAAAAAUAAAUCUAAUCAAACCUUUAGAUCUUAACAGUAAAUAUGGGGGAUAAAGGAACAUGCUACAUGUCACCACGAGAAAGCAAACAGCUAAAUGAAGAAUGUGAGACACUCAAGACAAAUGACCCAUCUUUUCCUUAAUGGCAUCAUAUAAAAGGGAAAGGGGAACUGUCAUUGACCUAAGAAAUGAACAACCAAAAUGUUUUGAAUGGAUCUUUGGAUUCUGAAGAAACAGCUGUAAAAAAGACAAUUUAGAGUCAAUGGGGGAUUUGAAUCUAGACUGGGUAUUUUUUGAAACUAAGUAAUUAUUGCUGAUUUUGUUGGAAAUGAUUGUGGGCAUAAAUAAGUCAAGUAGAUGUGCAUUUAUGUCUAAAGUGAUAUGAGUCUGGAAUUUGCUUUAAAACUGUCCUGGACAAAAAUUCUGUAUCAGAUUAUAAUUGUA